AAUAAAUUAAUGUCACAAAAUAUGUCAUUCUUUAUUGUUCUAUAACAAUUUAUUAGUUUGUGUUUUACAGAGUUUUAAAUUAAAAAGGGAGAUGCAAAGAACCUCAUAACAUCCAAAUGUUUCGAUAUAAAUAGUAGGGGAUGCCAGCCAAUCAAAUCCAAUGCGAUGCGGUGUCGCUGGUCAUGGGGUUGGUAGUGUUUGGGCUGCCCCUCACACUGCUGGUGCCAGGGUUUUCAGUAUUGAACAUGGUUCCCAAGGUGCGCAUCUCGCGGCUCCACGCAGCCGAUCAGAGCCUUACGUGGACGCAGCUCAAUGCCUCUUUGGUAACGCUGCUGGUGUUGUUCUUCUGUCUUUAUCUGGAAUUGCGUAAACGCAAGCUAGACGAGAUGGUAGAGAACGUGCUGACAGUGAGCAAAGCGACCGACGCAGCGAUGGACGUGGAGCACGAGAGGCAGGGUGCAGAGGUGCGCGCCUGCAUCCAGUUGCUCGACGCCUCUGCUGACCAUUAUGAGACGCUCAUCCUGCUGAAGGACGACCUGAAGCAGUGGGACAAGUCCAGCAUCCAGCACCCGCCGGUCAUAGAACCCAGCUCUUUCGAGUUCUGAAUUUUUGAUGUAGUUAUGGUGCAUUAAAUUAUUGUUCUCCAUC